AUGUCCGCCAUCCAGCUCUCAUUCUCCCUCCGCGUCUCUUCCGGCGUCAAGACCGUCCACCUCCUCGGCUCCUGGGACAACUACAGCGGCCAGCUCCCGCUCUCCAAGGACAAGAGCUCCUCCAAGGGCACCUGGAAGGGUACCUUCCGCUUCCAACAGGCUACCCUCCAGCCCGGCCAGCGCUACUGGUACUACUACAUCAUCGAUGGGUACCACGUCUCGCACAACCCCAGCGAGGACUCCACCGUCGAGCCCACCACCGGCCGCGCCCUGAACAUCCUUGACGUUCCCAAGGCCAAGUCUUCCUCCUCUUCUUCUUCCAAGUCGUCGUCCCGCAAGUCGACCUCCUCGUCCAAGAGCCGCUCGUCCACCAGCGACAUCGCCAAGGGCCGCCCCCUCUCCAUCUCCCAGAUCAAGGCUCCCAAGCCCGUGUCGCCCAACGCCACCCGCCACAUCCUCGACAACGACUUUGACGAGGAGGAGCUCAGCAGCCGCUUUGCCGCCACCGGCAUCUACGAGGACGAGUACUACAACGAGGAUGUCAUCACCGACUUCAGCGCCCCCGGCUCCCCGGUCUCGUCGGUCGGCUCCUCGCUCUCGUACCGCUCUGACAGCUCCGGCUCGUCUGGCUACAGCACCCCGGCCUCGGAUUGCUCCAGCUGCACUUGCGAGCGCUACGGCAUCACCCGCAAGGGCGAGCGCGUCCGCCUCGACUGCGGUGGCUCCCGCUGCUCGUACGAUGACUCGUGCUCCUCCGAGGACGAGGCUGAGUACGUCGAGCGCAGCUCCCGCCGCAACGGCAUCGUCGUCCGCGACUAA